AUGGAAACAGUGUUCCUGCUGUCCUUGAUUAUUUUAGCAGGCAUUUCAGGCGUGACAGCAAGAAAUGUGGCUCUAAAUGGAAGGGCUACCCAGUCAGAUACAUGGGAGGAUGGCAUUGCCAUACAUGCAAUUGAUGGAAACCGUGACUCAAUUUACUAUCACGGAUCCUGCACGCACACUGUCUCACAGACCAACCCCUGGUGGAGGGUUGACCAAAUGAAGGAGUACAUCAUCACAUCUAGGGUCAUCACCAACAGAGGAGAUGGCUACCCUGAGAGACUCAUUGGCAACUCCCUGUUGGACAAUGGCAACAGCAAUCCACGGGCUGGGGUGAUAUCCUCUAUCCCAGCUGGAAGAACUCUGACCGUCAGAUGGGACAAUGGGUUCAAGGGUCGCUACGUUAAUGUUUUGUUGCCAGGAAACAAUAGGCUUUUGACUCUCUGUGAGGUCGAGGUUUAUGGCUAUUUGGCACCAACUGGUAAAAAUUUAGCUUUGACUGGAAGGGCCACCCAGUCAGACCUUGUGAAAUCGCCAUACGCGGGGGAAGGCAUUGCCCAAAAUGCCAUUGAUGGAAAUCGGGAUUCACAUUUCCAUCAUGGAUCCUGCACUCUAACUGAUGAAGAUACCAACCCCUGGUGGAGGGUGGACCUGCUGAAGGAGUACAUCAUCACAUCAGUGGUGAUCACCAACAGAGGAGACUGCUGCCCUGAGAGACUCGAUGGAGCUGAGAUUCGCAUUGGCAGCUCCCUUAUUGACAACGGCAACGACAACACACAAGUUGGAGUAAUAUCCUCUAUCCCAGCUGGGGAAAGCCAGACCUUCACAUUCAGCUCUGGGGUCAGUGGUCGCUAUAUUAAUGUUUUUCUGCCAGGCGCCGAAAGGACUUUAAGUCUCUGUGAGGUUGAGAUUUAUGGCUAUUUGACACCAACUGGUGAGAAUGUGGCCUUAAGAGGAAAAGCCACUCAGUCAGACCUUCAUUCAUUCCGCGUUGCUUCCAAUGCUAUUGAUGGGAAUCGGGAUGGCGUAUAUGACCAUGGGUCCUGUACUUGUACAAAGCCUCACCUCAACCCCUGGUGGAGGGUGGACCUGCUCCAGACAUACAAAGUCUUCUCAGUGAUCAUCACCAACAUUGUGGAGGCCGCCAGUCGGCUGAAUGGGGCUGAAAUCCGGAUUGGCAAUUCCUUGGACAACAAUGGCAUCAAUAACCCCAGGUGUGCUGUAAUCUCCUCGAUUCCUGCUGGGAUUUCCGAGACAUUUCAGUGCAACGGCAUGGAGGGGCGUUAUGUGACUGUGGUGAUACCUGGACGUGAAGAGUAUCUGAAUCUCUGUGAAGUAGAGGUGUACGGAUCACCACUGGACUGA